AUAACAGCUACCUUCAGCUGUUUGAACUUUGCAAGAAUCAGGAAAGACAAGCAUUGAGAGAUGGAUCAAAGUGAGAUCACUCGUAAGAAAAAAAUACACUAAUCACGUGGGGGAAAGGCGAUAAGAUUCUUCAUCACUAUUAAAUAACAACGCUUGAUUAUGAUCUACGUGCGAAUAAUAUACACUUUCUGGUCUGAUUUGAGGCAUCCGAUUCCCCAGCAAUUUGUAGUCCUUUCAAGUGAGAAGCAGCCAGUUCAUCUCUCUCUCUCUCUCUCUAACGCACGCUCUCUGUAAUCACCGGUUAAAUCUCAUUCCAUAUUCUUCUUUCCUUAGCCAACCAUUGAGAUUCUCCAUCGCUGCUAUUUCAAGCGAUGAAGUGAUUGUGAGUUCCAUCUGGGGCAUACUUGCUGCAAACCGAACCAGGUUAUACUCUGUUCUUCCUUCAUUUUCUCCACAUGCUUGCCCAGGCUUAGACAUUUUUUAGCUCAGUUAUGGAGAUUAUCAACAUAAAAGAAAAUUUGUAGUUUCCUGGCCGCAAAUUAUAACUUGGGGCUAGGUGGAAGUUCUUCCUAAGUUAUACGUACUACAAGACUACAAGUAUGCCUUAUACCAGCGGACUUUCGGAAGUCAUUCAUAUUUCACUUCAUGGGGUGUUUGGCUCAACUACUUAAAAAUGGAAGCCUAUGAAAGGGAUGCAUUACCAAUAUUAUCAGCUACAGAUUUUAGAGAUGAAGAAAAUGAUGGAAUUCAUUUCCGAAGACUUUCGUACAGGGCAAGGAGAUCACUAUCUAUUCCUGCCAACUCCAGUGAGUCAUAUGGUACUGAAAGUAGUCGCAUUGGAUUUACUGGUCCAAUGAUAAAUGAAAGGCAUACUUCUUACAUACAGAUGAGUGGUCCAUUGUAUGUUGGGCACCCACCAAAGAGCAGCCUCAGGCCAUGUCAAGUAGCAUUAGGACUCAACUCAAUCGGGACAGUUGAAACAUAUCCAUCCUUUGCUAGAAGGGAACCAAAUGGUCGCGAAGACUAUGACUAUGAACUGAAAAAUGAACAUCUUCUUAAAUCGGGGCCACUGGGAGUAUGCAAUGACCAAUACUGCACUACAUGCCCAACUGUUGACAUUUCUAAGGUGCAAGGGGGAAAGUCAAAAUCAUCACAGAUAUUUGAUCACAGGUUCCAUAAUAUGAUCUCUGAAGAUGCAAAAGGUUGGGCAAAGAGAAGUUUUUCUUUCUUUUGGUCGUUUUUUCCUGGUGUCAUAAACCCUCAUGCUAAGGUGGUACAACGGUGGAACAAGUUCUUUGUGGUCUCUUGUUUACUUGCAGUUUCCAUAGAUCCACUGUUCUUCUUUUUGCUGACUGUCAAUCAGGAUGACAAAUGCAUAGUACUUAACUGGGCACUGACAACUACAGUUGUGAUUUGGAGGAGCUUGACUGAUUUCAUAUACCUAAUACACAUGCUUCUUCAGUUCCGGCUGGCUUAUAUUGCACCAGAAUCCAGGGUUGUGGGAUCGGGUGAUUUAGUUGAUCAUCCCAAAAAGAUCGCUGUCAAUUAUCUUAAAGGAUAUUUUUUGAUUGAUUUCCUUGUUGUCUUGCCAUUGCCACAGGUCAUAAUACUGCUGAUUUUACCUGGCUCAAUGGGAUCAUCUGGUGCAAAUAAUGCAAAAAACCUUUUACGUGCAGCGGUUCUGGUGCAGUAUGUACCUAGACUGUGGCGGUUUCUUCCUGUUUUAAGAGGCCAGUCUCCAAGUGGCUUCAUAUUCGAGUCAGCAUGGGCUAAUUUCGUGUUAAAUUUUCUAACAUUUAUGUUGUCAAGCCAUGUGGUGGGAUCAUGUUGGUAUCUUUUGGGCUUACAGAGAGUGAAUCAAUGUCUUCGUGAAGCCUGUCAUAACUCUCAAAUUGUAAGGUGCAAGGAAUUCAUUGACUGUGGGCAUGGUAGUGAUUACAGUGAUUUCUCAUCAGAUUCAUUGUGGAAUCAAUGGAAGAAUGAUGGGAAUGCAAGUGCUUGUUUUCGUACUGAUGGUUUUGACUAUGGAAUAUAUGCCCAAGUCGUCCAUCUCGCAACAAAGCAUAGCUUAGUUAAGAGAUAUAUGUACUCACUGUUCUGGGGCUUUCAGCAAAUAAGCACACUUGCUGGGAAUCUAGUUCCGAGUUAUUUUGAGUGGGAAGUUCUUUUCACUAUGGCCAUUAUUGGACUGGGUCUCCUACUAUUUGCUCUGCUCAUUGGAAAUAUGCAAAACUUUUUACAGUCUCUUGGAAGCAGGCAGUUGGAAAUGUCACUGAGGCGCCGUGAUGUUGAGAAGUGGAUGAGCCAUCGUCGCCUGCCGGAAGAUUUAAGAAGGCGGGUACGACAAGCUGAACGCUAUACUUGGGCAGCUACCCGAGGGGUGAAUGAAGAAAUGCUGUUGGAGAACCUCCCUGAAGAUGUACAGAGAGAUAUACGGAGGCAUCUCUGUAAAUUUAUCAAGAAGGUCCGCAUUCUUUCGCUUCUAGAAGAACCAGUUUUGGAUGCCAUACGUGAAAGAUUAAGGCAAGCAACAUAUAUAGAAGGAAGCGUUGUUUUGUACAACGGUGGCCUUAUUGACAAGAUGGUUUUUAUCAUCCGGGGAAAAAUGGAGAGCACGGGAGAAGAUGGAAAUGUGGCCCCAUUGGGCGAAGGGGUUGCUUGUGGGGAAGAACUCCUUACAUGGUGCCUAGAGCAUUCUUCUAUAUAUAAAGACGGAAUAAAGAUGAGGUUUCCAGGACACAGGCUUAUAAGUAACAGGGUCGUGAGGUGCCUAACUAAUGUUGAAGCAUUUAUAUUGCGGGAAGCAGACCUUCACGAAGUCAUUUCUCUCUAUGCAAGAUUUUUGAGGAACCCACGCGUUCAGAGUGCCAUAAGGUCUGAAUCUCCCUAUUGGCGUGCCCUUGCUGCUAGGUGCAUCCAAGUCGCGUGGAGGUACAGGAAGAAGCGUCUAAGUCGAGCAGAUGUCUAUAGUCCAGAACACAGUUUAGGGAUGUAAUAUUAGAACAGCAUUCUGAUCCUAGCUUAUGGAUAUGUAUGUAUUCAAAUUAAAUAGGAGCAAUGCUUAUUGCAUGACUGUACCCGAAUUCAACUGCAAAAUAAUGACAAAAAAAUAGUAACAAGAGGCCAGUAGUUUAAAGGUGUAUUGCAGUAUCGGUACAUUAAAAGGACUACCAUUGCAUGAAGAAAUGGACAUAGUUCGAGCCUAUUUGUUUCACAGGUAUAUUUCAUUCAUUAUAAGAAUGAAGAAGUACGUAGUCUAAUUUUUUAACAGUUUACAACGUUUAUAGUGUGAGUUAGCUUCAUCCAUGAUAGAAGGAAUUGUCUGUCUCACAUACUUGGAUUUCAUCAAGAGGAAGAGCAAGAAUUGACAUCUUUCUUUCAAGUUUCAACCAUGCAAGAACUGUCACAAACAUCAAGUUUCCGGGUAAUUAGAUUAAGAGCCCGUUUGAUCACUUUGAUGACCUUUGUUUUCGACUUAUUAGUCUUAUCGGUCAACUUCUUCAUCAAACAUGUAUUUUUUGAUUUUUUGUAUUGAAUUGUGUAAUACGGAGGUAAUGUGGAGGGUCAUUUGGCUACUUUUCAUAUAACUUUUCUUUAUUUUAUUAAUAUAAUGCAUUUUGAAUAUAGUUUUUCCAUAAGUCAAUAAAUU